GGUUUCUGAGAAGCUGUGACUGUGACUGUGAGGAUGGAGGCAGCAGCUGUAUAAAGGGAGCACAGAGCAGGUCUGGAACCCACAUCAGACCAGAUCAGCACAAAGACCCACUGAGCAUCCAACCUGAAGAACGUCUGUCUCUGUGAGGGAACCAUGAAGACGCUGGUGAUCGCUGCCCUGAUCCUCAUCUGCUGCCUGUGUCACCACUCUGAUGGUCAGAUUGCAGCAGGACAGCUUUUGAAAAGUGGAUGCUGUCAAUCCAACUCUGAAGAUCCGGUUCCUCUGAGACGCAUUACAUACAUGGGAAGGACCCCAAAUGACUGUCCUCUGAAAUCAGUUGUAAUCAAAACAAUCCGUAACAUAAUGUUUUGUUUUGAUCCUGAGAAACCGUGGGUGAAGAAGGCACUGUUGAAGUUUCAGAAGUCAACUGCUAACAACAAAUAACCAUCUGCCCCUUCCAACAUUUGAACGUGUGGAAAGUAACCUUAACAUGGUGUUCUUAAAUAUUUGUGUAAAUGACGCAGGUAUUUAAGUAAUAAUUAUAAAUUAUUUUUAAAACUGUGUUUAUACAAUGCAAAGUAUUUCAUGCUCAUCAUGGUCAUAUGUAAAAUGUACAGCAUGUCAUGAUGUAAUCUGUAAAUAAAAAUAUUAUGU